UCUCUAUAAUUAUAAUAAUUAUUUACGGUUACAUAUAGUGUAAACUUAUGAAAUCUCUUCUCACUGUGCGAUGGAGAACAAGAAAUACGCUGGUGACAAUUUCAAAGUGCCAACGUUGCCCGUACGCCAUCCCCUGCAGUCGAACACUAAAGAAAACAUCUCGGACACGAAUGGAUUGAAAUUUUCUAACUGUGCGAUGGAGAACAAGAAACCCGCUGGUGAUAAUUUCAAAGUGCCAACGUUGCCCGUACGCCGUCCCCUGCAGUCGAGCAGUAAAGGUAAAGAUAACAUCUCAGACACGAAUGAAUUGAAAGCUUCUGUGCGAUGAAGAACAAGAAACCCGCUGGUGAUCAUUUCAAAGUGCUAACGUUGCCCGUACGCCGUCCCCUGCAGUCGAGCAGUAAAGUUAAAGAUAACAUCCCAGACACGAAUGAAUUGAAAGCUUCUAACUGUGCGAUUAAGAACAAGAAACCCGCUGGUGAUAAUUUCAAAGUGCCAACGUUGCCUGUACGCCGUCCCCAGCAGUCGAGCACUAAAGAUAACAUCCUAGACACAAAUGAAUUGAAAGCUUCUAACUGUGCGAUGGAGAACAAGAAACCCGCUGGUGAUAAUUUCAAAGUGCCAACGUUGCCCGUACGCCGUCCCCUGCAGUCGAGCAGUAAAGGUAAAGAUAACAUCUCAGACACAAAUGAAUUGAAAGCUUCUAACUGUGCGAUGAAGAACAAGAAACCCGCUGCUGAUAAUUUCAAAGUGCCAAUGUUGCCCGUAUGCCGUCCCCUGCAGUCGAACACUAAAGAAAACAUCCCAGACACGGAUGAAUUGAAAGCUUCUAACUGUGCGAUGGAGAACAAGAAACUCGCUGGUAAUAAUUUCAAAGUGCCAACGUUGCCCGUACGCCGUCCCCUGCAGUCGAGCAGUAAAGGUAAAGAUAACAUCUCAGACACGAAUAAAUUGAAAGCUUCUAACUAUGCGAUGAAGAACAAGAAACCUGCUGGUGAUAAUUUCAAAGUGCCAACGUUGCCCGUACGCCGUCCCCUGCAGUCGAACACUAAAGAUAACAUCCCAGACACGAAUGAAUUGAAAGCUUCUAACUGUGCUAUGGAGAACAAGAAACCCGCUGGUGAUAAUUUCAAAGUGCCAACGUUGCCUGUGCGCCGUCCCCAGCAGUCGAGCACUAAAGAUAACAUCCCAGAGACAAAUGAAUUGAAUGAUCCUAUGACUGUAUCGAGAUAUAAUAGAGAUAGUAAUAGUAAUAGCCUUUAUUUCAUGCUUCUUUUUUUUACAAUUACAUAAAUUUCAAUUAUUAUUGGUUUAUUAUUUGCAUGUCGCUUGAGCGGAAAAGGCCUCCCCCAGUUUUUCCCAUUCCUUCCUAUCCUGUGCUGUUCUCCACCAGUAUCUGUCGAAGUUCACUAGCUCGUCUCUCCAUCUUUUAUUUGGUCUUUUUUGUUUUCUCGUUAUUCCUAUUGGUGACCAUUCUGUGACACGUUUAGUCCACCGGUUAUCCGUUGUUCGACAUAUAUGGCCAGCCCAGGCCCAUUUGUUCUUUUUUAUUGCGUAUAUUGUAUCUUUUACUCCAGUUUUCUCUCUUAUGACUUCGUUUCUGAUUCUGUUCUUAAUUUUACUUUUUAACAUUGAUAUAACUGAAUUUUAAUAGAGAGAAAUUAAUAUUAAAGUAAAGCAACUAUAGGCAACACCAUGUCGACGUUAUAGGGAGUGAAUCGUUAUAUCGAGUGACGUUAUAUAUGGAGUUUACACUGUAUUUGCUAUUACAUGGCCCUAGUAAAGAACCUAAAACAAGACGAAUUCUUUAGACAUUUGAGGGUACUGUUCCAGUUUCAGUGGUCAUACUCAGGUGUGAAUAUUAUUCGAAUGUAACGAAAAAACUCGGGCAACACUAAAAACAUUACUGUAUGUUAACAUGAGGUAAAAAAAAAAGUUUUUUAAAGUAUUUGUAACUUAUCCUAAGAUUAAAUCUAAAUUUUACCAGAACCCUCUUAGAGGAGGCAUAUACCGCCAGCUUUUUCCAUUUUGUACGGUAUCUAUUUAUACAUUAAGUUAUUUUAUAGUACAUAUGGUGCUACUUUACCGCACUAGUACGAUAAAGUGCACAUUACGUAACUAUGUCGAAAAUUUAAAGAGCCAUAUGUACUGUAAAACGUUGUACGAUACGUGUGCGAAUAGGUAAUUCGCAACUCGUGUCGACUUAAAACUUAAUUUAUCGCCACUCGUUACGAAUUUCCUAUUUAUCGCACUUGUAUCGUAAUGUACUAUUGUAUGGUCUCAUUUCUCUCUUUACAUUUUUAAAUUUAUGUAGACCUAAUUUAAAUGGUGCUCUGAGCAAAGAAUAAGUAUAUAGCAUUCUCUGGAUAGCUAAACAAAAAUAGGUAUGUCUCUAUUAUAUGUGACGUUUUCAACCAAAAGGUAUCACAUUGUCGCUUGUCGUUGAUUUCAAAUUAAAACUAUAUGAAAAUAGCGCCUUAUUGACAACCGACAAUAAGUACCCUUAUUUGGUUGAGAAUGGCACUUAUAGAACACUUAUACUAUUGCGGAUAGAUAAACAAAAAGAGAUCUCUAUUAUACGCGGUGGCUAAAAAAUAAGCGCAUUCCCGUUGCCAGGGAGGUUUUGGGAUUAUACUGUGCAACUUUUACUAUGGGACCAACCACGAAAUCGCGAAAAAAAAAUUACCCUCCCAUAGAAAAUGGACCAGCCAAAAUGUAUGACAGCCAAAUUUUUUUUUCGCGAUUUCGUGGUUGGUCCCAUAGUAAAAGUAAAAGUUGCUCAGUAUAAUCCCAAAACCUCCCUGGAAACGGGAAUGCACUUAUUUUUUAGCCACCCUGUAUAAUCCAACUAACAAAGAUUCCUUUCUAACCGCUCUUUUUUUUACUUGUUUUCUUAUUGUGAUAUUUAGUUACUAGUUGUUUUACUCUAAAUAAAGAUUUUUGUUAAUUUUGCAA